GAGUCCAAAUUCUCGAAUCAGACAAUGAAUAUCGAUUAUGCCUUCGCAUUCAAUCAUUUUGUAAAAAAGCUUUACCCGAAUGCUGGUAAUUUUGAAGAGUUUAAUGCGCAACCGAAUAAGGACAACCGCAUCCAAUAUUCUUUGAAUCUCACGAGCGAGAGUUUUUUGAAUUCUGAAUACGACAUCUACAAGAAUUUAAAGAUAAAUAUGAAAUAUAAAAACAUCAACAUCUUAUUCAUCCUGGUUAAGAAUCAUGAGCAUGUAUCUCAUAUGGAGCUUUUGACGGAUGUUACCAUCACCAUUGAUCCGAUCAAUGAUUUAUCAUUUAGAUACCAAACGGAUAAGAUUCAAGAAUUUACAACCAUCCUUCAAAGAUAUAAUUCACAAAAUAUUUUUCUCAAUGUCUGUGAAAAGGAUGGCGUUGUUACCAUUUACAACAAAGAAUCUUUAAAUUUUUAUCGUAAGCAACAUCUUGAUCAACAUAAGAAUGUCAAGGUCCAAAAGAGGAAGGUUGAUAUCAGGAAAUAUCAAAUCAAGCUAACACAGAAGAAAAUCAAAAAAUUAAUGUUUAAAUAUCUGAAAAAAGCCAUUACUGCGAGUGCCAAUUCAAAAAAUUUCUUCAACGAUACAUUCAGAAAGAUGAAAGAUGAUAAAACUGAAAAUUAUAUUGAUCAAUUAAAAUAUUUUCACGGGAAUAUGAUUUUCAACGACGAAACACGUAAAAUGAUCACAGAAACUGUUUAG